UAAUGCUGCAUGCAUGCAGCAUGCAGGGUAUGCUACGAGCAGAUUCGUAUUAUUUUUUUGAAUGAACGAGAAAGUUUUGUGUGUUCGGUCGUUUUCCUGUUUUGUUGGUCGAGCUGCCGGGCCUUUGAAGAUUUCUCUUGAUUCGCUAAGAUGUGCAUGAGCUAAGGACGAAGCACUCCGAGCAGGGUUGGUGAUCGAAGGUCCAUGUCUGCAUGAUCAGAAACACACCUGCUUGAGCCGGGUGCGCUGGAGUUGUGCGGCCAGGUUGUGCGGCCGAACAAGUGUGAAGAAGGAGGCAGACCAUCAUUUACCGCCGUUGCUGUGACUUGAUCAGCGGAUUGUCCGGCGAUCGACUGUACGCGAGUUAUGUCUGAUUCGGACGAUGCCAGUGCCCCGAAGCCGGGUAGCAGGGAUGCAUGCUUGAAAGUGGUGCUCGUCGGAGAUGGAACGGCGGGAAAGACUUCACUGGUGAAUCGCUUCAAGGAGGAUGAGUUUGGAAGGGACUACAACCAGACUCUCGGUGUGGACUUUGCUUACAAGACUGUGGUGCUUGGCGAUAGAGACAGGAGAGAGAUCAAUCUCAAGCUUUGGGACAUCGGCGGACAGACAAUCGGUGGCAGAAUGUUGCCCAAUUACCUCUCAGGGGUCGAUGCGGUAUUGUUUGUGUACGAUGUAACGAACGCUGAGAGUUUUAGCAAUAUUGAAGAGUGGAUAGCAGCUGUCAGUAGUAUCUUGGAAGAUCAGAGAGAACAGGGCACACUAAAGAAGGACCCCCACCUUUCACUGGUCGCCAACAAAGUUGACGACAUCGGCAAUCGAGUUGUGAAGCGAGUUGAUCAUGCGCAGGCAAUCAAGACACACAAUAUGUCCGGGCACUUUGUAUCAGCCAGGUCUGGGGAAAAUGUCGAACAGAUGUUUAAACUGAUCGCCGCUCGUGUCGUGGGCUACAAUUUCAACAAGAAAGAGCUAGAGGAAUUGUCUCGUAAACAGGUCGUUGUUCCAAUCGAAGCAAGUGCAGAAGCACCUCCAGCAUCUUCUGCAGCAGCAACAGCAGCAGGUCCCGCCAGGCCCCGAGCGUCGGCAAAAAAGAGCUCCAUUUGUAGCCUCCAGUGAGCGGCACAGUGGCUGGUGGCUGUAGUCACAUGAGCUGGAGAGCCGCUUGUGUGCUGGCUGUUACCACUGUUGUUGACUUGCACUUGCAGCUCAUGCUCUUGCUGGCAGCAUGCAUGUGACUGCUCUCUCAUAACCGGCUACUCUCCUCCAUGCAGGGCGUUUUAAAAUCUGCCAGGACUGGACCUAGCAUGUACAUGCCGGCACGAUGAACAAGACACAGCAUUGACAUCAUCACAUCGCCUCGGACUGCACGUUGCAGUGCUUUGACUCGUGACGACUGUGAAUGGCUUGAAGUAGAACUUGUAAUGCACACAUUUUGGCUUGUAAUGCACAAAGUAGAGUACGGCAGUGUCGGACGGACCUACAAGUAACUUUAUGCCCAUAUGCGCAUAGCUACUGCUUGAGUAAAUACUCGCGGCACGGUCACGUACAAUGUUACUUGUUGAGAACUUGAUGGUACAUGUACUGGCUGUAUGCCAUGAUCCUGCUA